CGCCGCCCUCAGUCUCUGCCUGAGCCGGGAGGGAAGAGGCCUGCACAGCCCUCAACAUGAACAAGUUGAAAUCAUCACAGAAGGAUAAAGUGCGUCAAUUUAUGGUCUUCACACAAUCUAGUGAAAAGACAGCAGUGAGUUGUCUGUCUCAAAAUGACUGGAAGUUAGAUGUUGCAACAGACAACUUUUUCCAAAAUCCUGAACUUUAUAUACGAGAGAGUGUUAAAGGAUCAUUGGACAGAAAGAAGUUAGAACAGCUAUAUAACAGAUACAAAGAUCCUCAAGAUGAAAAUAAAAUUGGUAUAGAUGGUAUACAGCAGUUUUGUGAUGAUCUAGCUCUUGACCCAGCCAGCAUUACUGUACUCAUCAUUGCAUGGAAAUUCCGAGCUGCAACGCAGUGUGAAUUUUCAAAGCUGGAAUUCAUGGAUGGAAUGACUGAGUUAGGAUGUGACAGCAUAGAAAAACUGAAGGCCCAGAUUCCUAAAAUGGAACAAGAAUUAAAAGAGCCAGGAAGAUUUAAGGAUUUUUAUCAGUUUACUUUCAACUUUGCAAAGAAUCCGGGACAGAAAGGUUUAGAUUUAGAAAUGGCCAUUGCCUACUGGAAUUUAGUACUUAAUGGAAGAUUUAAAUUUCUAGACUUGUGGAACAAAUUUUUGUUGGAACAUCAUAAAAGAUCAAUUCCUAAGGAUACCUGGAACCUACUUCUAGACUUUAGUACAAUGAUAGCAGAUGAUAUGUCUAACUAUGAUGAGGAAGGGGCAUGGCCGGUUCUUAUUGAUGACUUUGUGGAAUUUGCACGCCCUCAAAUUGCUGGGACAAAAAGUACGACAGUGUAGCACUAAAGGACCCUUCUAGAGUGUACAUAGUCUGUACAAAUACCUGAAAUGGAAAAUUGCACAGUCAAUUUCUGCUGGCUGGACUGAACUGAAGAUCAAUCCUCACAAUAUGGCUGAGGGUUGAGACAAACCUUUAAGGAUAUAUCUUGGACCAUAUCAUAUUUCAUUCUUCUACUGGUGGUUUGGGCUUUUCUUCUAGUCUGGACCACUCUUGCCCGUUAAAGUUCCAACAUUGUGGAUUUCAU